AUGGCCACUGCGACAAAUAUCGACCCCAUCCGAACGGCGUACCUGGCAGCCAAGAUCCCAUAUGCGAAGUCCGGUGCAGCAACUAAGAACCGCCAAGAUGAGUACCAGCCUAUCCGAUCUCUGAACUACAAGAUCUACGACGCUUUGCAUACUGUCACGGCUACGGAGGGCGGCAUGGUCGCAACGGCCGUACGGCAAGCCUGUGAGGGAGGAAAGGCCUUACGUAACCAAGUGCACGCGGUCGAUAUAUUGUUCGAAACCAUCAAGAUCUUCCUUACGACGUGCAAGGCCAUAGGCGGAGCUACUCCUCGGUCGUCCGGACGCACCACUCCAGCAAGUAGGCAAUCGUCUUCGCCCGCAUCCCCGGGUUCGCCGAAAAGCUCAAAAAAUGCGCUGGAUACGCUUCGGAACACGGACUCGUCGGUGAAGCGGGACGGUGUUUUGAAAGUGGAGGCGUUGGAGAGGGACGGGUACCGCUGUGUAUAUUCGGCUUACAUGUCGGAAGCCGCGCCUUCGGAGGAGGCGGCGGCCAACCCUAACGCUGCGAUGGAGUAUACAGAAGGAGCACACAUCGUUCCUUUCUCCAUUCAAAAAGUCCGGGGAGCAGGCCAACAUCUCGAAACGGCUUUGAACCUCUUCGGCCAUCCCGGCAUGGAUCUGGGGAAAGUCGACGUCUUGCCGAACAUUAUCACUUUGUGGACUUCGGCCCAUCAAAAUUUUGGGAAAUUCAACUGGAUGGUGGACACGUCGACGACCGCGGAUAAUGCGAUCGUGUACACGAUUGCCCAUCUGGCUCGCACGGGUAGUAGAGUGCGGCAAAUGGCAAACGCGCUGCAAACGGUCGUGGAUGGCGAUACAUUGCUUCUAGAUGGGAAGCACGCUCAAAGACCUGACCCGCGAUACUUCGAUCUUCAUGCGAAGAUAGGCCGCGUUCUCCACGCCAGCGGGUUCGGGGGAAUUGUGGAAAAGUUUUUAAGAGACAACGAGGACGAAGGCGCCGUCACUGUGCCCGUCAUACAGUCCGUAAAACACGUCAACGAGUUUCUCAGCGAGAACGAUUGGGUCGUUCCGGGCCAUCAAGAGGAGUGACGAGAUGCCUCCCCCAAAUUCCGUUUGGAUAGUCGGCGGGAUCGUUCGUGAGGCCCACGUUUCGGUACAGUCGGUCGUUGCUUACAGUGGCUGCUACAGUAGGCUGCCAGAUAUCUGGUUACGACGGGUUGUUGAGCCUCCAUGUGCAACCCAGAAGUCACCGGCGAG